AUGACUAGUUCCCAGCGCCUCGUGGGCACCGCCGACCUCAACCUCAUCGAGGCUCCGGUCACCUGGCGUGCCUACCUGAUCUGCGGUUUUGCCAGCUUCGGCGGCAUCCUUUACGGUUACGACUCUGGUUACAUCUCUGGUGUCCUUGGCAUGGACUACGUGAAGGAGCACUUCGGUCAUCCUGUUCCCAAGACUGAUGAGAAUCCCAGCGGUUUCCUGAUCGCCAGCUCUCGCAAGUCCCUCAUUACCUCGAUCUUGUCUGCUGGUACCUUCAUUGGCGCUCUGCUUGGUGGUGCGGUUUCUGAGAACAUUGGUCGUCGCCUCACUAUCAUGCUUUCCUGCCUGAUCUUCGCUAUUGGUGUUGCGGUUCAGGUUGCUACUGUCACCGUCGGUGGUCUUGUUGCAGGUCGUUUCGUUGCUGGUCUGGGUGUUGGUGGUGUCUCCGCUACAGUCAUUCUGUAUGUCUCCGAGAUUAGUCCUCGUAAGGUGCGUGGUCUGCUGGUAUCUGCCUACCAGUGGGCUAUUACCAUCGGCUUGCUCGUGGCAUCUGGCGUCGACCAGGGCUGCAAAGAUUUGGAUUCUCGUUCUUCGUAUCGGAUUCCGAUUGGCUUGCAAUUCAUUUGGGCUGCAAUCCUCGCCGCAGGACUUUUCCUUCUCCCCGAAUCGCCUCGUUACUAUGUUCGCUGUGGCCGAAUGGAAGAUGCCCUUGGCUCCCUUGAGAGAGUCCGAGGCCAGCCGAGAACCAACCCAGCUGUUCGGGCCGAGCUUGCUGAAAUUAAGGCCAACUUCGAGUACGAGAAGCAGAUUGCCAGUACCUCGUGGGCCGAUUGUUUCAAGGGCGGUCUUUCUCCCCGUGGUAACCUGCGCCGAGUGAUUGCCGGAACCUGCCUGCAGAUGUUCCAGCAGUGGACUGGUAUCAACUUCAUCUUUUACUACGGUACCACCUUUUUCCAGUCCGUCGGUAUAAAGAAUGCCUUCCUUAUCUCGACCAUCAUGAACGUUGUCAAUGUGGUUACUACUCCAGCCUCUUUUUGGAUGAUUGAAAAGCUUGGUCGCCGCAUUCUGCUCCUUUAUGGUGCAGCUGCGAUGUGUGUUUGCGAGUUCCUCGUUGCUAUCAUUGGUGUUACAAAGGAGGGAAGCCAGGCUGCGAGUACCUGUCUCAUCGUUUUUACUUGUUUCUACAUCGCUGCCUUUGCGACCACCUGGGGUCCCGCGGCUUGGGUCGUUGUUGGUGAGAUUUACCCUCUGCCAAUCCGAGCCAAGGGUAUUGCUCUUGCCACUGCCUCGAACUGGUUCUGGAACUGUGUGAUCGCCGUUAUCACUCCAUACAUGGUUGACGACAACGAGGGAAACCUAAAGGUGAAGGUCUUCUUUGUUUGGGGGAGCGCUCUCUUCCUGUGCCUGCUGUUCGCCUACUUCUUCAUCCCAGAGACGAAGGGCCUCACUCUGGAGCAGGUCGAUAAGAUGCUCGAGGAAUCCACUCCUGCGACCAGUGCCAAGUGGAAGCCCCAUGACACCUUCGCGCACGAGAUGGGCAUGGUGGACAAGAUUGAGCCCACUGUUAGCCAGGAGGAGCAUACCGCCAAGAACCUGGCCGGCACUGAGCACAUCCGCGCUGUCUAA